GGGGCGGGGCGACGGCACGCGGGGUCUUGUGGGAAAGCUCAGGAAGGCGGGGCUCGGCGUGAGUUGCUGCGAGCCUGGGAUGCCGGCCUUGCGGGCAGUAACGGCCUAGUGAGAGAUUGGUUGGUCAAAACUCUGCAGGCCAUAAUGACUUCAACAAAUAAAGCAAUUGAAUUACAACUACAAGUGAAACAAAAUGCAGAAGAAUUACAAGACUUUAUGAGAGAUUUAGAAAACUGGGAAAAGGAUAUUAAGCAGAAGGAUAUGGAACUAAGAAGACAGAAUGGUGUUCCUGAAGAGAAUUUACCUCCUAUUCGAAAUGGGAAUUUUAGGAAAAAGAAGAAAGGCAAACCUAAAGAGUCUUCUAAAAAAACCAAAGAUGAAAACACAAAAAACAGGAUAAAAUCUUAUGAUUAUGAAGCAUGGGCAAAACUUGAUGUGGACAGCAUCCUUGAUGAGCUUGAUAAAGAAGAGAGUACCCAUGAUUCUGUGUCUCAAGAAUCAGAGUCAGAAGAAGAUGGGAUUCAUGUAGAUUCACAAAAGGCUCUUACUCUAAAAGAAAAGGGCAAUAAAUACUUCAAACAAGGAAAAUAUGAUGAAGCAAUUGAAUGCUACACCAAAGGCAUGGAUGCUGAUCCGUAUAAUCCUGUGUUGCCAACAAACAGAGCGUCAGCAUACUUUAGGUUGAAAAAAUUUGCUGUUGCUGAGUCUGAUUGUAAUUUAGCAAUUGCCUUGAAUAGAAGUUACACCAAGGCUUAUACAAGACGAGGUGCUGCUCGAUUUGCUUUGCAAAAGUUAGAGGAUGCCAAAAAAGAUUAUGAAAAAGUAUUAGAACUAGAACCAAAUAACUUUGAAGCAACAAAUGAACUCAGGAAAAUUAAUCAGGCUUUAGCAUCCAAAGAAAAUUCAUGCCCAAAGGGAGCUGAUACGAUGAUUAAGACAACUGAAGAAGAGAAAAAGCAAAUUGAACAGCAACAGAAUAAGCAGCAGGCCAUUUCACAGAAAGAUCUGGGGAAUGGAUUUUUCAAAGAGGGGAAAUACGAAAGGGCAAUUGAAUGCUACACUCGGGGGAUAGCAGCAGAUGGCACUAAUGCCCUUCUUCCGGCUAACAGAGCAAUGGCCUAUCUGAAGAUUCAGAAAUAUGAAGAAGCUGAAAAAGACUGCACACAAGCUAUUUUAUUAGAUGGCUCAUACUCUAAAGCUUUUGCCAGGAGAGGAACAGCAAGAACAUUUUUGGGAAAGUUAAAUGAUGCCAAACAAGAUUUUGAAACUGUUUUACUUCUGGAACCUGGGAAUAAGCAAGCAGUAACUGAACUUUCCAAAAUUAAAAAGGACUUAAUUGAGAAAGGACACUGGGAUGAUGUUUUUCUCGAUUCUGCACAAAGGCAAAAUGUGAUAAAACCUGUUGAUAAUCCAUCUCAUCUUGGGUCAACUAAACCACUCAAGAAGGUUAUUAUUGAAGAAACUGGUAAUUUGAUACAGACUAUUGAUGUGCCAGAUACUGCUGCUAAUAACAUUACUCUGGCAAAUGGGAUAGCAAGUGCGGGCGCUACAAGUAAGAAAAAUUCAAGCCAAGAUGACCUUUUGCCCACAAGUGAUAUUCCAAAAGCAAAAGUACUGAAAAUAGAAGAAAUCAGUGAUACUUCAGCCCGGCCACCCCAGGUCAACCUGAAACAGGAUGUAUGUCAGUCUUUCAGUGAGAAGACUUCUAUACAGAUAGACAGAGCACCUGCUCAGUUUAUCACUACUGUUCUUCCUCCUGUUCCUGCAAACUCGUUUCAGCUUGAAUCUGAUUUCAGACAACUUAAAAAUUCCCCAGAUAUGUUGUAUCGGUAUGUGAAGAAAAUUGAACCAUCCAUGUAUCCUAAGUUGUUUCAGAAGAAUCUAGAUCCAGAUGUAUUCAACCAAAUCAUUAAAAUUCUGCAUGACUUUUACAUUGAGAAAGAAGAGCCAUCACUCAUCUUUGAAAUCUUACAGAGGCUUUCUGAACUAAAAAGGUUUGAUAUGGCAGUGAUGUUUAUGUCAGAACCUGAGAAAAAAAUUGCAUGUGUGUUGUUCAAUCACAUAGACAAAUCAGGAUUGAAGGAUAAGUCUGUUGAAGAACUUAAGAAAAGAUAUGGUGGCUGAUUUCCAUUGUUUACUGAAAUUAUUGUCUGUGACUUUCAUAUGUAAAUUUUGCUUACUGAAAAUAAAGUACUUUGCUUUUUAAGAAAAUGAAAUCAUACAGGAAAGGACUAUCUGUAGACAUAAGUUAAUUAUACAGUGAACUGUGACUUAAGUAAUGACAAAUGUCCUCAAGUGAACUAUUUAUAAGUCAUUUUCCAGAAAUAAAAAUAUAAUGUAUACUUAUGAAGAUCAAUAUUUUACGUCAUUUAAAAUUUUAAAUCUACAUUCUUCAGUACCCCAUAAUUAUAACAGUAUUUUUAUAUUUUCAUGUUUUUGUAGCCAUGUGACAAGGUUGCUUCGUUAGCAUAUGAAUAAAGUUAUAUUGGUAUAGAGGUUAAGUAGAUAAACAGUUUCUAUAGUUUUAAUAUCAUUAUGCUAGUUAAGUAAUAUAAAAUUAUUUAAUUGCAGGGUGUAUAAUUUUAGUAUUUAUGUUGAAAGGACACUGUUAACUAGACUCUUUGAACAGGUUAAUCAAAGAGUCACAGCAUCCUUCAGUUUUCAUGCUGCAGGUUUUUUUCCUCCUGAUAUCCACAUUUAUGUCUUCUAAAGGCAGACAAUUAUCUAAAGUAAAGUGUAAGAAUUUUAAAAACUAAGAAUGUUUAAAGUUGUAAUUAGCAUGUAGCUUGCGUGUGUGUUUGCGUGUAAUUGUGGUGUCUGUAAAGCUUCUGAAAGCAAGGCUGGUAUUCUACUCAUCCUUGUUUUACAUACUACCUGGCACAGUCCUUUCCACAUAAUAAAGCACUCAAUUGGUAUUUACACAAUUUAAUUCAGUUUUACCAUAGGAAUCAACUUUAGUAAAUGUUUAAAAUAGCACCCUAGCAAAUUUUGGGCAUACUGUAAAUGUUAAAACUAAGUUAAUUUUAGAGGCCAUCAGGUUGUUAAAAUAUUAGGUCACCAUUCUGUAGCUGUUAUCAGCAUCAGUAAGACAAAUUUAGGACUUUUAUUUUAUACUGUUGGUUAUUUUGUUACAUCGUACAUAUGCUUAAAAUUGCUUGAGUAAUAAUCGUACUGUGUUUACAAAGAUAAUUUCCCAGUUCAUGGUAUGCAUUAUUAAAAUCAUAAUUUGUGGAGUUUCCGUAUUUUACAAUAUACUUGGGAUAGAGCUCGUUAGUGUUAUGCAUUGCUAAGUGUAUUCUAUUUUGGCCUAUGGAAAGGCAAUGAAAUUGAGCCUUUUAUGUAUAGCUUAUACAUAAGCUACAAGUAUUGAAUUUUGAAUGACUUUAAUGAUUUUGAUGUACAGAAGUGCAUUCCAAAGGCAAAAAUGUUCUUUGUUUUCUUGAGUGAUCCUUAGAAAAGGCUUACAAACUAGUUAGGGCAGGUAGUGUGAUUGCCUUUUUUUUUUAGGUUUUUAAUUUUAAUUCCAGUGUAGUUAACAUACUGUUUAACAUACUGUAUAACAUAGUAUAGUGUUCUAUUAGUUUCAGGUAUAGAACUGUGAUUCAGCACUUCCAUACAUCACCCUGUGCUCAUCACAAGUGUCAUCGUUAAUCCCCAUUCCCUAUUUCACCCAUCCCUCCAACCACUUUUCCUCUGAUAAUCAUCAAUUUGUUCUCUAUAGUUAAGAGUCUGUUUCUUGGUUUGUCUCUCUCAUUUUCCUUUGCUCAUUUAGUUUAAGUUCCACAUAUGAGUGAGAUUAUAUGGUACUUACCUUUCUCUGACUGACUUCACUUAGCAUUAUACUCCCUAGCUCCAUCCAUGUUGUUGCAAAUGGCAAGAUUUCAUUCUUUUUUUAUGGCUGAAUAAUACUCUAUUUUAUAUAUACACCACAUCUUCUCUAUCCAUUCAUCUAUCGAUAGGUGAUUGCCAUUUUUAACACAAGAAAAGGAGAUUUACAGGGUAAAUGGUUCCAUGAUUUCAGAGCUAAAAAAUAGCAGAACAGGUUCAGAAUAUAGUGUCUUCUAUUCGUAACCUACAGCUAUUUGAACUAGUCCAACCUGGAAUAUUUAUUUUGCAUUACUUCCAUACAGACUGUGGACUGACUGAAGAAGUAUGGAUCCCAAAAUUUACUUUAGAGUUUGUAUUAGUUUUAAUGUUAGCCUGUUUUCCCCCAGAGAAGAUUGCAUGUAGUGGUUAAGACAAAGGUUUGGAGUCAGACUUCUCAUAUUUGUAUCCUGGCUUCAUUCUUCUGGCUUUAGGGCCUUGGACCAAUCACUUUGCUUUGCUUUGGUUUCCUGAGCUGUGGAAUGGACAUACUAGUAGUUUCUACCUCACUGGGUGACCGUGAGGAUUAAAGGAAUGGACACACUUGUGUUUGGAACGGAGUCCAGAUAUAUAGCAAGCACUUUAAGUUACUGUUGUUAUUAUUAUUAUAGGUACCCUCAUUUCCUGAAAGUUGUUGGAAUAAAGUAUAGUCUUUAGGGAAUGUCUUAUUGUUGCCUUACUGCAAAAUAGCACAGUGGUAAAGAGAGUCAUUUUGUAUUCCGAGUGUACAUCCUAUUUGCACUUAAAUUGCUUGUGACUUCAGACACAUUGCUCAACCUUCCCAAGCCUCAGUUUCUCCUUACAUAAAAUUAGAAAAAUAGUAAGUGCCUCCUUCAAAGAUUCUUGGAAAGAUAAAUGUGCUGAUACAUACAAGCAUUGAAUACAGUGCCUGUCAUAUAGUGCUUAGUUAUUUUUGUUAAUAAUAGUAAUAUCACUAAUUGACAUAAAAACACAAAAGCAGAACUUCCCAAGUGAUUUCUUUCUAAAAAUCUAGUUCUUCACUGUUAAUAAUAUCUCCUUACUUGAAAGCAACAUUUAAAUCAUAAUCUUGCAUUAUUGACAGAAAUACCAUGCCUACCAUUUAUUGACUUCCUCCCAGUCUUUUUAUUUGCAUUAAUUUCAACAAAUGGGUACAGUGUACCCAAGUCCCUACCAUUUCAGUAAUUUAUGUUAAUGCGUUUGAGAAAGAUUUUACUCCCAACCUACAAAUCUAUUAUUUGUGUCAAGAGAAAGCAUUUCUGAACACAGUACCAAAGCUCAGUUUACAUUUUUAUAAUUUUUUAAUGUUUGAUAUUUGUCAGAAUUCUGUUUAACAUUAAAACAUUUAAUGUUAAUUAAA